GGAGGAAAAACUGCUUGCAGAGCUGGUCUGUUCCGCAAAAAUCCCUUACACGGGAGGUCUGUUAGGCGGGGGCCACUGUAUAGUCAAUGACUUGUGCAAGGAAGGAUGGCUUUGCGACUCCAUCCCAAGAGCAAACAAUCUGUGUGGAAGGUUUGCAAUGUCUUCUUCCCGUUCUCUGAUCCGUGGGAUGGUGCAAAGAUCAAUAUGCAUCCAGUUUCGUUUCAAAUAUCCACAACAGUGUGCCUUGCUGAGGCCAGACUUGCCAGGGACAAAACCAUGGGGAAACAAUGCAAGAUUGGUGAAAGUGCACAGACUCAUUAUAUCAAGCAGCAGCAUUAA